AUGACAGCAAAAAGCUUUAUUAUUAAAUCUGCAAUAGGUAUUUUAGUUAUUCUUGUUUUCACGUUAUUUUUUCACCAUUCGAGGCCUCAGAUCAAAGUACCUUUUACUCCCACAGAAAAUGAUAUUUUUGAUGUUGAAAAUCCAUUUUUUCUGAAAAAUGAGACAUCAGUAAAAUGCUACAUAAUAGGAGAAUGUAGUAAAUGCCCAGAUUUACUGACAACAUCGCCAUGUAAUAAAGAUCCUCGAUAUCGCCUAAAUAUACAUUGUACAUAUGACAAGAUACCAGAAAAUAUAUCAGAUAUACCUAUUCUUCCUUCCUGGGUUGCGUGUAUUCCAUCAGCAACGCAUGAAACUGUACAUUUUUUUAUGGUGCAAGCAUUUCUUGUGGUAACAAGUGCUUUGUCUAUAUUCGUUAUUAUGUGGAGACGAAAUUUUUCACAGGAAUGA